CAGAAACAUGUCGCCGUCCACCCUCAGACAAAGCACAUGCGCACUACUCGCUCUGGGCCUCGUUACUACGGCCACAGCCGGGCCUUGCGACCUUUACGACGCGGCCGGAUACCCUUGUGUAGCCGCACACAGCACCACUCGAGCCCUGUAUAGUGCCUACAGCGGUCCGCUCUACCAAGUACAGCGUACUGACGGUACCACCACCGACAUCGCACCUCUCUCCGCGGGCGGCGUCGCCAAUGCUUCCACGCAGGACUCCUUCUGUGCCGGGACGACAUGCGUCAUCUCCAUCAUCUACGACCAGUCCAGCCGCGGCAACCACCUCACCCGAGCACCGCCCGGAAGCGCCGGUAGCGGUCCGGCUCCAGGGGGAUACGACAACCUCGCUGAUGCGACUGCUGCGCCGGUCUACUUGAAUGGCCAUAAGGUGUACGGCGUCAAGGUCGCGCCCGGUACCGGAUAUCGCAAUAACGAUGCUAAGGGCACCGCCACGGGUAAUGCGGCUGAGGGCAUGUACGCCGUCUUGGACGGGACGCACUACAAUGGCGGGUGCUGCUUCGACUAUGGCAACGCCGAGACCAACAGUGUUGACACGGGUGCGGGCCACAUGGAGGCCAUUUACUUUGGCAACUGCAACGUCUGGGGAACGGGACAGGGAAGCGGACCGUGGAUUAUGGGUGAUUUGGAGAAUGGCUUGUUUUCUGGGCAGAACGCAAAGUAUAACGGUGGCGACCCGGCGAUUAACUACCGCUUUGUUACGGCGGUUGUCAAGGGGGACUCGUCAAAUUUGUGGGCGAUCCGCGGUGGUAAUGCGGCUUCGGGAUCGCUGUCGACGUACUAUAGCGGCCCGCGUCCGUCCGGCUAUUACCCUAUGAAGAAGGAGGGCGCUAUUAUCCUCGGAAUUGGUGGCGACAACAGUCAUGGGGCGCAGGGCACUUUUUAUGAGGGGGUUAUGACAACUGGCUAUCCAUCCGAUGCGGUCGAAGACAAGGUUCAGGCCGAUGUCGUGGCUGCCGGAUACGCCACCUCGUCGUGAUCAGAGUGCACCGUGGUGCAACCAUCGUCUGGUCGGGGAAAUGUGGCUCGAACAGUUGCUGGGGCUUGGGCGGAACUCUGCGAAUGACAACUUGGGUAGCUCUCGUUAUGUAAGGUAGAGGUAGCGAGCGGGUAGAUGCAAAAUGUGCUCCCUU